UUGUGUUGCUCUUCGCGCGUGGCUGCAGUCCGUGGACAACAUGCCCAUGCCCACGCAAGCUUGAGCUGCUGACUGACACUAGUGUAGUGGACGGCCUAACUAUGGUGGAAAACGUCUGAAUACUAAACAAUAUAGCUGGAGUCUCAAGAGGAAGGUGGGGGUCAACUUUUGGACAGAUACUUGUGCCGUCGUUGCUGGAUUUGCGUAAAGGCGCGACACUUAAGAGGCGAACUUUGCUUUUUCUGAAGAAACCUCGGCAGUGGAGUACACGACAGUAUUGCGGACGAUUAUAAACUUUACUUUACGGAAUUUCCUCGGUCUGUUCGUGCUGCUUCAGGGAUAAAUGAUCACCUCAACCAGAAGAGUGUCUCCUGAUAAAUCUGAAGUUAGAAUCUCCUUCAGCCUUCAGGACACAUCAGAUGCAAAAGAUGGUGAGGACCUCUCUCAGACUUUCCCGGAUCUUGAACAGCGAUUGCAGCCAGUGCCCCCCUGUGUGUCUCUGAGAGAGAGCGUUCAGGUGUACAAGGAACACUGCAGGAUGGCGAGAGAGUUCCACCAGGUCAAACAUGAGAUUGCUGUGCUUGAGGACCGCAAGCGUAAGCUGCUAGCAGAGCUGGUAGAGGAUGAGCAGGUUGCCGUGGAGAUCGCCCGUUUAGAGGAGGAGUUUCUGCGUCUAACAGAGGAGAACCGCAACUUGGUGACUGUCCACAACGAGCGCACUCAGCAGCUGGAGAGGCUCUGCCUGCCCAAUCAAACAAGGCAGGAUUCCUCGUGACCUCUGACCUCCGCAGAACUUGAGACCUCCAGACAUCCAGCUGAUACCAACCAGAAAGAAAAACUCAGCAAGUGCUCACUGGCGAAAUUACAGUCGGUGAAUCAUUUAAUUACCAACAAAGGCACUGUGUUUAUUCAUGUCUGAGUCAUUUGUUUGAGACUUACUGUCAUCAUCAGUGUGAAGUUGUUACAGUGAUCUACCAAGCUAUGACACAAGGCCACUUUUCUGAGUACUCUUCUGUUAUGUUGCAGAACUUUGCUGGUUGCCAUUGCAAUACCUCACAGCAUGUAUUCAUAUCAUGUCAGCUGUUGUGAAUCUGACCAGAUGUUCUAAUAUUUGUCUCAGGUCCUGUGGAGACUCAGAUCUUUUAAUUAACUGAGGUUUGUGGAGGGAGCGCAGGGUGGUAUGAUGUGGUCCAAAUGUUGUAUUUUGAGGAGUAUUCCCCCUCUUUCUUCCUCUCUGCCACCCCAAGUCUGUUUUGGUGAAAAGGAAAAGUGAUGAGUGUUUAACCCAGUGUUAGGGAUCGGGGAACUACAGCUGUUCAUGCCAAACAGCAAAAUAAUGAGUGAUUUUACAAUACCUAUUUGCUGCGACACAAAAGCGUUGUAUAUUUUUGAUGCAAUAUGUCUCAGUCACCUGUAGAAGGGGAAGUAUACAACAAGACACAAGCUGUUGCUUAAAGUUCUCAUCUAACAAUAAAAUGCAUUUUAUUUUAACACCAGCAUCAGUUCCUUACUGUAGUUUCAUUUCUCCAGGCUGCUGCUGUUGUGUUUACUGUGUGUUAUCAUAAUAUUGCGGCACUUACAUGGAAAAGGGAACUAGAUUGUCUUUCUUCAUGAGGAGAUUAGCUCAUUCUGGACAUAUGAAGCAGUCACCUGAUUGGCCAGCUUCAGUCUGGAGCCCCUCUUCCUCCUUCAAUACAUGUGACACUGGCAAACAGUUCUUUGUAGUGAUUAUUAUUCCACCCUGUUAUACUUUACUUCCUGAUAGCUCAGCUUUUAAUGCAUGAUUUUUUUUUUUAUACAAGUCACUUUUUCAUUGCACCAUUUUUAUGGCAAUGUGAAUGUUCCUCUAUGUGCUGGUACUACUUUACAGUUGUUAACCUAUGGUUUCUCUGCUAGCAGGGCAUGGUCUCUCUCUCUCUUUCUCUCUCUUUCUCUCUCUCUCUCUCUCUCUCUCUCUCCGUCUCCCUCUCUCUCUC